CAAGUGAAGAUUUAUAAAGUUCUUUCAGUAGGUUCCCAUCUUGGUGUAGUAUUCUCACCCAAAACAGGGAAUCUGACGACCAACAAAUAGUACGCUGCGCCAAGUCUAGAACUACUAACUUACUGGCAUCAUCUCUUUCUUUGCCUGCUGCUCGCCACUGCAGUUUGACAGUCGCCGGUCCGAGAUGAUGACGUCUGUGUCCAGCGGGUUAAUGCUAUUUUUUGUGGCCACUGCCCUAAGCCCUAUUGGAGGGGAGACUAAUCCUGUCCAGGGUGGGACAUGCUGGCUACAACAAGGGAAAGAGCCCAAGUGCACAGUCAUGUUAAUGACUGGGGUGACCUGGGAGGAAUGCUGUGGAAAUGGAAGCCUGGAUACAGCCUGGACUAACUAUUCUCUGCCUGCUGCCAAGAUAAGUCUAAUGGGUUUCCUUGGACUUGUGACAUGCAGACCCUGUAAAGAGUCUUGUGAAGGCAUAGAUUGUGGUGUGGGAAAGGUUUGCCGUGUAAAGUAUGGGCGAGCACACUGUGUGUGUGCACCAGACUGCUCCACCCUCCCUAAGAAGAAGGUUUGCGGAUCAGACGGCAUCACCUAUAAGGACGAGUGUUCAUUGAUGAUGGCGAAGUGUAGAGGCCAGCCUGACCUGGAAGUGAUGUAUCAAGGCGAAUGUAAAAAGACUUGCUCAAAUGUUGUCUGCCCAGGUACUCAUACCUGUGUGACUGACCAGACCGACAGUGCACAUUGUGUAAUAUGCCGGAUGGCUCCUUGUCCCCCAUCUUUCUCCUUGGAUGAUGAACUGUGUGGGAAUAACAAUGUUACCUACCAUUCAGCCUGUGAUCUACGACGAGCAACAUGCUUCUUGGGAAGGUCGAUUGGAGUUCGUCACUAUGGAAGAUGUGCAACACCCAUCAAAUAUUCUGGUGGGACAGAAGAUGCCGAAGACAACAGUGUAUAGACAGAGUACUGCUGGACAUCUGCUGGUGGAAGAGACAGGGGCAUUAUGUUAAUAUUGUAUAUACAAAACAUAUGUAGUAUUUAUUAAACAGAAAAAUAUCAUGCAAAACAUUUAUUUAUAUUUUCUUAUGAUGGCAUAUACAGAUAUGUUACACCAUAUAAAACAGGAAACAGGUUAAAUAUAUAUUUAUUAAUUUUCAUGGAAACUAUGUUUUGCAGAACUAGAAGUAUGUAUUAUGCUUGACUUCUCCUUUACUUUGUAGCUAUACAAAGCUAUUUUAUGAGAACAGACACUGCAGGAAAUGUUAAAGUGUGUACUUUUUCAGCACAGUUUUAUGAAAAAAGAUGAUGCUAAACUAUAAAGAGUAUAUAAAAUAUGUUCUUAAUAAGUAAAAAUUUUUUCAUGGUUCAUAGUUAGUGAGGAAUUCAAGUGGCCUGUUUUCAGGCCAGUCUUGUUUUUUUCAGUAAGGAGUAUACGGCAUCUAAAAGAGAUACAUUGCUUACUUUCACCUCUGUGAAGAUACAUGCAUUCACUAUCAUCACACCAUACUGCAUUGUAUCAUGCUGUCAUCAAGACAUUGUACAUCAUAAUUGCAUCACACCAUACUACACCAUGCUAUGACAUUGUACCACAUCAUACUGCAAUAUACAACACUAUGACAUUGUAUGACACCAUAGUGCACUAUAUUAUGCUGUCAUCAUAUGACACACACCAUACUACACUACAUCAUACUGUUAUAUGAUAUAUCACCAAAUUAUACUGCACUAUACUAAAGUAUAUUCAUAUGACAUUGUACAACAUCUUACUUCACUACAUAAUGUUGUCAUACCAUGCAGUACAUCAUGCUGCCAUCAUAUGACAUUGUACCACAUCAUACUAGUCUAUGUCCCAUUAUCUGACAUAUUACCAAAUGAUACUGCACUAUACUGCAGUAUCGUAUGACAUUGUGCCACAUAUUAUGUCAUACCAUUCUAUCAUGUGCUAUCAUACCAUAUCAUACUGUAGUUAAGCUGAUUUGUACCACCUUUACUGUUUACCAACUCCUGCACUGCACUGUACAUUGCCCUUUCUUUCUUACACCUUGUGCUCCACCCACUCAGAAAUAUUCCUUACUGUAGCUUGUCAUUACUUUCCUGCACUGCAAAAUACCACAGUGUGCUAUCAUACUGCACUAAGCUUCAUAUUACACUAUGCUUCACUACAUCUGCAUAUAUCACAUUGCACUACCUCAUGAUGUACCUUUACACAAUUCAUUACACCACUCCAGCAUUACAUAAAACUGUUUCAGUCAUUACAGUAUUACACUUUUCCAUAAUGUACUGCUAAGCAUAACACAUCACACUUUAUCGCACCUCAGUGUCCUCACACUUAGCAGUACUCUACUCUGCACCAUGCCAAUUAUACCAUUACCAUGCUGCAUUGCUGUAUACCUCAACUCGUACCACCAGAUAUGACUAUACAGUAUUCAGUAACAGCAUAAUCGCAUCAUGUGUGCACCACCACUUCACAGUAUACAGUAAAAUCACCACACAACACACCUUCCUCACAUAAUUAUGUGCAGCACCACUUCACAGCAUGCAGUAUUGUCACCACACCACAAGACACACCAUCCUCACAUCAUUCUGUGCAGCACUACUUCACAGCAUGCAGUACUGUAACCAUGCCAUACAACACACUAUCCCCACAUCAUUUUUUGCAGCACCAAUUCACAGCAUGCAGCACUGUCAGUACACCACACAACACACUAGCUUCACAUCAUUCUGUGCAUCACUUCAUAGCAUGCAGUACUGUCACCACACUGCACAACACACCAUCCCCACAUCAUUCUUUGUAGCACCACUUCACAGCAUGCAGUACUGUCACCAGACCACACAACACACCAUCCUCACAUCAUUCUGUCCAGCACCACUUCACAAUAUAAAGUACUAUCACCACAGCACACAACACACCAUCUUCGCAUAAUUCUGUGCAGCACCACUUCAUACCAUACAGUACUGUCACCACACCAGACAACACACCAUCCUCACAUCAUUCUGUGCAGCACCACUUCAUAGCAUGCAGUACUGUCACCACACCACACAACACACCAUCCUCACAUCAUUCUGUGCAGCACCAGUUUACAGUGUGCAGUAGUGUCACCACACUGCACAACACACCCAACAUCAUUCUGUGCAGCACCACUUCACAGCAUGCAAUAUUAUCACCACAGCACUAUAACACACCAUAUCCACAGUACACUGUGCAGCACAAGUAAACAGCAUCCAGUACUAUCAUCACAACACUCCACAACUCAACAUACCAUAGCCCCACUACCCCAUGAGGUACCACUUAGCAGCAUGCAGUACUAUCACCACACUACACAACAUGCCAUACUUCAACACAUUAUCCCCACGUCACCUUAUGCAGCAUCACUUCACAUCUUACAAUACUAUUAUCACACCACUGUAUCUCGCCCCAUUUUAGCAUACCAUCAUAAAACUACAAUAUAGCUCACAUCUUGUCAGCAUCACACUAUAACUCAGCACGCAAGACAAAAUGAUCCUACUAAACCAUAUCAGCACAGCCUUUUUAUGCCUUUUCUUACACAGGAAAGUAAGUGAACUGUCUCUCUUUCAGGUACAGAAAGAAAUAUCUCAGUCCUUUCAGCUUCUCUAACUAAAAAGGUAAUCUUCAUUUUUAGCUGGAAAUUUGGAGUUUCUUAAAUGGACAUCAGCUAAGCAUGACAAAAGGAUAGAGUGAUUCCACAAAUAUGUUAAGUAGACUCAAAAGCUACUCAGGAGGUAACACUUAACAUUCUUUAUUUGUGAUUAUAACUUUGAACCGUUAAUAUUCUCUUAUUUGUGAAUCAGUUGUGAGCUGAGGGAUUUGGGGACCUUCUGCUUGGUCAUCUUGAAAACGACAGAAUGAUCUGCAAAACAUGUGCUUUUGCUUCACUACCUUUGGCCAGGUGGACACGUCAUAGUGCAUCUGGAAUAUCUUUCACUGGAAAGCAGGACAUAAAUACUUCAGAAUAUUUUUUGUUGAGAUGUUUGACAUCCUUGUAUUCUGGCAAUUCACUGAACAGCUACAUGGUUCUUUCUUCUAGUAUCAGCUCAUGAUAUGGCAGCAUAUUCAAUCUCUGGAAAGCAGCAGUUCCAUACACUUCCCUAUGAGCUUCAAAGACUUAAUCUUGUGAGAGACAGCCUAGAGAUCAAACCAGAAUAUCAGGUUUAUAUUUCAGUACCAAUGGGCUGGCAUGGCCUUCCUUUCAUACUUGAAGCUGUACCGAUUUUUGCCUGAGAAGAAAUCGACCAUUAACUCAUGGAAAUAAAAAUGAAAUUAGAAAAUGUUAUGAAAAUGGUAGAUGUAUUUUUUGGGUGCAGGAUAACACAGCAUCAAUGUAUUGUGAUCCCAUGUACUCUAAAAUGUCCUGUCAGAGUAACUUGGAUGUUUAGUGGAAGGAAUCUUUUAAGUUAGACUCUUGGAAAUGUGGUCACAGGAUCUUCUAGGCUAGAUUGUCAGACACGAGGUCACUCCUAAGUCACACUUCAUAAGAUGAUGGACAACAAUUUCAGCUAAGUUUUGCUGAUCACUGACCAGUAAGUAGUUACACUGAGGUAGCUAGAAACAACCUGGAAUAUACAGUUUUCUACUUUACUACUAGCAUACCAGAGCAGUUCAUGUUUGCUGAAAAAAUAUGAUCCUUUCUGAAUUUGAAAAACAGUACCACCUUAUAAUCAUUAUUCCUUUAUACUUAGCUACCUAGACCAGAAUUUUCAAAAUUUUAAAGAGAUGAGUAAAUGAUAAGUUUCACAACUGACCUUACUUUCCUCAGUCAUGUAGGCAUAUUAAUGUGUGCCCGUUACCUAUGUACAUAUAUUUUGUAUACAGUUUUUUUUUUUUAUAUAUGGGUAUUCAUCUGAGUUCUGGUAUUCACAUGUAUCUUCUGUGUAUGUAUUUUUAAAUGUCCAUAUGUUACUAGAAUGGAAAUAUAUUUGUGUGUCACAUGCCUGAAUAAACAUGUAUGUUUAUUUGCUGCUUCUACUCCAUAAAACCAAAUAGAAAUGUGCUGAAGUGUAAAAGACCAAACAUGGGGGUGCAGGAUACUAAACAUACUGAAACUCAUAGUAUUGUAUUUCAAAAUCCCAAAUAAAAAAUAUAUAGUGAAAAACAAAUCCAAACUACUCCUGAUGUUCAAAGUAAUUAGUUACAGAGUCUAUGCUGUAAAGUUUACAUAGUCUAAGGGACACUAAACUGGGCAUAGUUCAUGUAAAAGGCCAACAGGUAGCAGACCAAGAGUUUCUGAGAUUAUACAGAUGUACACUAUUUAAGUACAGAAAUGGUGCAAUCUACAUGUAUAGCACUGAAAUAGAAACAGUACCUACAGUACAUAUUUUCUGACCAUAAUGACCCAUUUAUUCAAGUAAAAUGAAAGAAAGCUGCAGAAUGCAACGCUUUAUAGGAUGCAAGCACCCUUCCUUAUCUCUACUUGUUUAUAUAUUCUAAAUCCAAUGUUAUGCAACCUUAUAAAUCAGUAUAUGUAUUUAUAUAUUUUAAUGUCAAGGUCAUGCAACCUCAUAGACCAGUGUAGUCAUUCUUUUAUGUGUAGAUAUUUCCCCUUUCUCUGAGGUAGUAUGUCUUCAGGGCUAGAAUAUAUAAAAAAUGGUGCAAAGGGGCAUUUGUAACCUGUACAUGAAUUUUGUUUCACCUUCGUUUGUUGGCUCAUUUUAAUAGUGUUUUAUUGCAUUUUAUUUACAGUAGAGUUACCAUGAUUUGGACAUGUAGCACAUGUAUUCUAAAUGUCUGUACAUUCUAAAUAUUAAUUUAUGUCAGUGUAUACCUUUAAGCACUUAUUAAUUUUCAGCUGUGGUGUACAGUCAUUUAACCUGCCAUGUACAUCUGCAAGUCAUCGGUGGUGCAUUUAAUAUAGCUUUGUAAAAUUAAUUUCAGUCUACCUUUCCAUCAACAUCUUUGUUUCUCCAACAGUGUGUAGCUAAGCCUGUCGUUAGUACUUCUUAUGUAUGAACAGUACUGUUUUGAGAUUUAUGUAUCUUGAUUUCCAGAUCUGGCUUCUAAUGCAUUUUGGGACACUUCAUUUGAUGCAUUCAGUUUCAGUAAAUUAAGAUUCAGUCUUAAGCACUAUAAAUAUCUGUAAUUUACUUACAUGUAUCACUUUGCUUUAUAGAUUUGUGUGCUUCUUUUCCACAUUGCUUGUAUGUAUACCUGAAUUUUACUGGCAGGCAAGUGUAACUCUGUGCCCCAUCAUUGUGCAUGCGUGCUUGUGUAUCUUUUUCAUGUACGGAUGGCUAUAUCUUCUUUUUCUGUGUGUGUGAGCAUGCACAUUGUACUUUCCCAUGCACAUGUGGAUGUCUGUUACCUUCUGUCAUUGUCCUUUAUUUAUGUUAAUACAACUGUGUACUAUACCAGACAAAGCAUCUGGUAUAAAUAUAGCUGCUUGGCCUAUUACUCUGCUAACCCAGAGAGAUACACAAAGGGUACUGGUAGAGGGGCCACUGGUAUUCUUGCAUUAUGAGUACUGCAUUACGAAUAUCUUGUAGUGGGUUAUUUGUGUUAAAGUGGAGGUGAACAAGCCCUCCAUUAAUAUUUUACUUCAUGUUU